AUGAUCACAAGAGUGAUUAAUAAUAACAAUCUCUACGGUAGUGAUGAUCGUCAUGAUGGUGAUGAUGACAGUCAUGGUGAUGUCCGUGAUGAUGAUGAUGAUGAUGAUGAUGAUGACGGUGGUGAUGACGACAGUCAUCGUGAUGUCUGUGAUGAUGAUGAUGAUGGUGAUGAUGACGACGGUGAUGGUGAUGGUGGUGAUGACGACGGUGAUGACGAUGGUGAUGGUGGUGAUGACGACGGUGAUGACGACGGUGAUGAUGGUGAUGGUGGCGAUGACGACGGUGAUGAUGGCGACGAUGUCCAUGAUGAUGGUGUCUACGGCAUCCAUGGUGGCUGUGAUGGUGGCGUACAAAUUGGAUUAUUUAAAUACAACAUCACAAAUGGACGUUCUACUUGUCCGGAUAGCGUGUUGGAUAAUUUAAAUGUAAUUCGAGAGGAAGCACGGAAACAACCAAAUUGGUGUUCUGAUAGUAACAUGAUCACAAGAGUGAUUAAUAAUAACAAUCUCUACGGUAGUGAUGAUCGUCAUGAUGGUGAUGAUGACAGUCAUGGUGAUGUCCGUGAUGAUGAUGAUGAUGAUGAUGAUGACGGUGGUGAUGACGACAGUCAUCGUGAUGUCUGUGAUGAUGAUGAUGAUGAUGGUGAUGAUGACGACGGUGAUGGUGAUGGUGGUGAUGACGACGGUGAUGACGAUGGUGAUGGUGGUGAUGACGACGGUGAUGACGACGGUGAUGAUGGUGAUGGUGGUGAUGAUGACGGUGAUGAUGGUGAUGUCCAUGAUGAUGGUGUCUACGGCAUCCAUGGUGGCUGUGAUGGUGGCGGACAAUUAAUAAAUCCUGAAUGUGAAGCACAAUUUCUAAUAUACAUAUUCAACGUCCAAGAUUGCCAGCAAAUUCUCACUGAUAUAAAUGAAUUAGAUUCUGUUGUAAAUCAGUUAGGUUCUGUCCAACAUAAUUCAGCAUUUUAUUUCUUGUGUAGUAAACAAUUAUUUAAAAAUUCUUAA